UCCUAGAACGCCCCGCCCCCGCGUCCUGGCUCAUUUUCUCCCGCCGGCUCCCGCCCGCGCUCGGCUGAUCCGUCCGCGGGAGUCCGCGAGCGUCCGAGCGGCUAGGGAACUCCGCGCCGUGCGAUCGCCCAGCUUCGCCUCUCAGUGUCCCGACGCACCGCGCUCCUUCCUCCGACUCAUGGUGGGUGUUUUUGAAGAACAGUAUACAUUCUUUUGAAAUAUUCUCGGGAAGGAUGGACUCUUCAUAAAGGCGAUACAGAUGCCAGAGAACACAUAUCCACAGGGCGAUUGUGUGGGUUCCUCCGGGGUGAGUGGCUCUGCCAGGACGCCGUGAAGCGGACCUUCAGACUGAGUGCAGGGGGACGAUGCUGAAACUAGUGGCCACGGAUGUCUUUAACUCCAAAAACCUGGCCGUUCAGGCCCAAAAGAAGAUCUUGGGUAAAAUGGUAUCCAAAUCCAUUGCUACUACCUUAAUCGAUGACACCAGCAGUGAGGUGCUUGACGAGCUGUACAGAGUGACUAAGGAAUACACCCAAAACAAGAAGGAGGCUGAGAAGAUCAUCAAAAACCUCAUCAAGACAGUCAUCAAGCUGGCUAUUCUUUACAGGAAUAAUCAGUUUAAUCAAGAUGAGCUGGCAUUGAUGGAGAAGUUUAAGAAGAAAGUUCAUCAACUUGCAAUGACCGUGGUCAGUUUCCACCAGGUGGAUUACACCUUUGACCGGAACGUGUUGUCCCGGCUUCUCAAUGAGUGCAGAGAGCUGCUCCACCAAAUCAUUCAGCGCCACCUCACUGCAAAGUCACACGGACGGGUCAAUAAUGUCUUUGAUCACUUUUCAGAUUGUGAUUUCUUGGCGGCUUUAUAUAACCCCUUUGGAAAUUUUAAACCCCACUUGCAAAAACUUUGUGAUGGUAUCAACAAAAUGUUGGAUGAGGAGAACAUAUGAGUAUGUGAAUUAAGAUUGUGACUGCUCAUGAUUUAUUUGAAGAUGGAGCGCUGCUGAUUUAUGAAGGAAAACAUAAUUUUGUCAAGAUUACACAUAUUUCAGAAAGACUUUGCCCAAUUCAGUUGUCAGACAUUAACAAUAAUGUUUUAUGAGGCUCGUUAUAUUUGAAGAAAAAGCAUUUUGCCAAAAACUCUGGUGAAAAGAGUCCUAACAGUUAACAGAUCACGGGAAAGAUGUAUGGUUGCCUAAUGCAAAAAUAGAGUUAUGCAAAGAAAACUGUGUGGCUUCAAACCUCAAGACACCUCUUUUAGGGCAGUUGUUGUGUUGGUGGCACAUUGGAUAUUUCUAACGUGUACAGAGCUAUGUACUUUGAUUCGCUUAUAUUCCUUACUAUAUAUAUGUACCUCUUUUAAAAAGCCAAGAGCUCUUUCUUGCUGUCCUUGUUCCUUUGAAAACAAUUCCAUUUUCAAGUUUGCCUUUUGUUAAAGAUUCUUUUUUAAAGAUUUUGUCACUGACAUUCAAGAAUUCAGACAAAUUGAACCCUCAGAAAAAUAGAAAAUGGCUUCUCUAACCAAUAAUGUAGAAACCGACUAUAUUUGACAUUAUGAGUAAUGUCUAAUAUAAGAAUAUGCUUCUGGAUUCAAGUCCUGUUUUUCAGUACCGACAGUGAUACUACCCAAAUCAUGGUAAUUCCCCAAAAUGGAAUGGCAUGUCAAUUGCUUUGAAAUGAUUGCUGAGGGCUUAACUUUCUUUCAAGCAUGUUAUCUUGGAAAUGUGCUGAUGGAAUCUUCAUUUUUAAUAUCCAUUUCAAAUGUAAGAGACAAAAAAAUCUAGAUUGUUCUUGAUAUUGAGACAAAACAUAAGUGUUAUUAAGAAAGAUGAAACAAUCUUUAUUACAAGAUGAGCCCAUCAAAAUAAUUUAGAGGGAUGAGGGGCAAAGGGAAGAAAGGAUUUUGCCACAGAACAUGAGAGUGAAAAUUAAUGCAUUUCAAUGUUCAGUAAGAUUUGUUAGGUAAAUAAAGAAUGUCACUUUUUUAUUUAACUGAUAAGGUUUUGCUAUUUUGUUACUUGCUAUUUUGAUGAGUAAACCAAAGAAUAUUUGCAUUCUGA